CUGCUUCAGGCUGCUCGUUGCUGCUCAGUGCACUGAUCAUGCGUUGUGUCAAGACUCCAAAGGGCAGCAUUGCAAGCCCAAAAGCGACCUCAAAGCCCCUCGAAAAGUGAGCUGAGCAGCGGCCAUUUUCUGGACGGAAAAGUUGUUUUCCUUUCACAGAUCUCCGGUGGGAAAUACAAAGCUGCAGUCAGGGGGCUUUAUUGGUGCUGUCAAAGCCCUGCAAAGAUGGCUGCUUCCAUGUCCCUCGUAAGGGGCACGUGUGCGCCAAGUGCAGCGCUCGCCCCAAAACUUUCGGCGUGCUCAUCAGCAAAGGCAGGGGUCUCCCUCCUGCCCGCAGUGGGCUUUCUUGUUCCCCCCCGCUCUGUGGGCAGUAGUUUCCUUGCGGGCGAUGCCGACCUGUCGUCUGUGAGGAAAAUGUGCCGGAACGCGGGCCGGGGGGGGGCGCUUCAGGCGCAGGCCGUGGCCGAGUUUGUGGAGACGAGAGAGCCGUUGAAUGGAACGCUGCGCAAAGUGACCCUGCCCUACAGCGAGGACGAUUCCGAGCUGGAGAAUGGGCGGGAGUCGGACUACGAGGAGGUUGAGACGGAGAGCGAGCCUGAGUUGGCUGCCACUGACAUCCGGAACUUCGACCUCUCAAAAGAGACGGUUCGGGCGUUGCAGGCCCGCGGGAUUGAGAACCUGUUUGCCAUUCAGUGCGCCGUCAUUCAGCCCGCCAUGGCUGGGCGUGACAUCAUCGCCCGUGCACGGACGGGUACUGGAAAGACGCUCGCUUUUGGGCUGCCCAUCAUAGAAAAGCUUCUGGCCGCAAGAGCAGAGAAUGGGGCAUCCAUGAGAGGGAGAGCUGGCCGCCUGCCCAAGUGUUUGGUGAUGGCUCCAACUAGAGAGCUGGCAAAGCAGGUCGAGAAGGAGUUCAUGGAAUCUGCACCAAGCCUGCAGACGGUGUGUGUGUACGGUGGUGCUCCCAUCUCCGGUCAGGAGCGCACCCUUCGGCGGGGGGUAGAUGUGGCUGUUGGCACGCCAGGGCGUAUCAUGGAUCUGAUGGAGCGGGGGGCGCUGGACUUGCAGGAGGUUCGCUACAUGGUUUUGGACGAGGCAGACCAGAUGCUGAACGUCGGGUUCGAGGAAGCGGUGGAGCACAUUUUGCGCAACUGCCCUGUGGAGCAGCGCCAGAGCAUGCUCUUCUCCGCCACCAUGCCCACGUGGGUGCGGCGUCUCUCGCGCAAGUACCUCAACAAUCCGGAAGUCAUUGACCUGGUCGGAGAUGACGACGCAAAGAUCCCCGAGGGCUUGAAGAUCAUGGCGGUGCAGGUGCCGAGGAACGCCAAGCGCAACGUGCUGAUUGACCUUAUUACGGUGCAUGGUCGCGGUCGGCGGACGAUUGUUUUUGGGCAGACUAAGCGCGACGUGGACGACAUUGCGGUGCUUCUGAGCCGCACGCACAACGCAGAGGCGCUUCACGGAGACAUUGCGCAGUCGCAGAGGGAGAAGAGUCUGCAGGGAUUCAGAGAUGGGAGGUUUAAGGUGCUCGUGGCCACUGACGUGGCGUCGCGCGGGCUCGAUAUUCCCGACGUCGACUUGGUUAUUCAUUACGAGCUGCCCAAUGACACCGAGACCUUUGUCCACCGGUCGGGCCGGACUGGGCGUGCGGGCAAGGACGGCAUUGCCAUUGCGAUGUACGCUGCCCCGGAGAGGCGCAUGAUGUCGCGCCUCGCAGCCGCCUGCGGAAAGGACUUCGUCAACAUUCAACCGCCUAACCCCUCCGAUGUGUUGAACGCCGCUGGCCAGCAGGCACUGGAGAUGCUGGAGGGCGUUGAUGCUGAGCUGUACCCGCACUUCUUCCCCGCAGCAGAGCAGCUCAUCGCGGAGCGUGGGCCGCUCAACGCUGUUGCGUCUGCGCUGGCGGCGAUCAGCGGGUUCCGGGAGCCGCCCAAGCCCAAGUCGCUGCUGACCUUCGAAGAGGGCUGGACCACCCUGCAGGUCGUGCGCUCUGCUAGCGGUCGUGGCCCAAUCGUCUCCCCGCGCAACGUGCAAGCGCUCCUCGGGUCAGUCGGGCAGCAGUUCGCGGACAACGUAGGAAAGAUCCGGCUCAUUAGCGACCGGGACGUCGACGGGGCGGUGUUCGACCUGCCCACCAAAUUGGCAAAGAGGCUAGUCGAGAUCAAGGAAGCGGAAGGGGACUAUUUCGACGAAGUACAACAGCUGCCGAGGCUGGUUGAGGAGUUCCGGGGGGGAGAUAUGGGCGGUCGGGGCGGAAGUCGGGGAGGCUACGGAAGGGGGGGCGGUGGCGGCGGAUAUAGGGAGAGGUCGGGGUAUGGUGGCAGCCGAAGCGGAGGGGGCGGGGGCGGCUACGGAGGUUCGAGGGAGAGGGGUUCUGGCAGCUCGUAUGGAGGCCCCAGGGAAGGCCGGGGCGGCAGCGACUUCGAUUUCGGCAGGAGGCCCAGCAGUGGCGGCGAGCGGACGAGUCGGCCGCGGUAUGGGGGUUCCAGCGGAGGUCACGACGACUUUGGGGGAGGUGGUGCUCGGAGGUGGUAGACUGCCACCUUAGGUAGUAAGAAAGCUAGUUUUAAUUCAGGUCUCUGUGGGCACAAUUCGGUAGUCCGCCUGCUUCCGCUCCUUUGCAGUAUAAAGAAGACCUACUAGGGUAGAAUUCUUGAUGAUUAUCAGUGGGCUCGGAAAUAGGGUUGUUGUAACAUAGAUAAACGUUCAUUCUUCAUGUGCAAGGUUGCUCUUGGGUUAUUUCCCGUUGCCCAAGCUUAACAACUGUUGUCAUCUACAUUGACGU